AUGGGCAGCUUCAAUCUGCAGCCAUACAAGAUCGGUAUCCCGCAGAGCAAGCUCGACGAUCUCAAGGCUCGGGUGGCCAGCGAUCCGCUACCGCCUGUCACUUUUGAAGGCAAACACGAGCGGUAUGGCGUCACUCGCGACUGGAUGAGCCAGCUCAAGACGGCCUGGGAAGCAUUCGACUGGAGCAAGGAAGAAGCGCGUCUGAACAGCUUCAGCAAUUACCAGGGCACCGUCGAACACGCCGGUCAUUCUAUUCGGCUGCACUUCAUCUCCGAGCAAUGUACCGCGAAUCCCGAGGCGAUGCCUCUCUUGCUCCUGCACGGCUGGCCCGGCAGCUUUCUCGAGUUCACGGGAAGCAUCAAGUAUCUCAAGCAACACUUCCACGUCGUCGUGCCUUCCUUGCCAGGCUAUCUCUUCUCCGAGCUACCGGAUGACAUGGAUUUCUCGCCCAUGGAUGUCGCCGCCACAAUGAACGAGCUCAUGGUCAAUCUUGGCUACUCGCAGUACUUUGUCCAAGCAGGAGACUGGGGCGCAAUGGUGGCAAGGCUCAUGGCUGUCUAUUUCAGCGAAUGCAAGGCCAUCCACCUGAACUUCUCGCCCGUGCUGCCCAUCGAUUCUUACCUCGCGCCCGUCAUGCCGUCUGUCUUGCGAUUACGUACGCCCCAGAUCGUGAAGACGUUGACGACGCCAUUGUCCAGUCUGGCGGGUCUCAUCCUGCCGCCCCCGGAUCAACUGGGUCUCUCGGCCCGCGAUCGAGAAUUGAUGGCCAGGUCGAACCGGUGGAACAAGACGGGCAGAGCCUACGCGAUAGAGCAUGCCACUCGUCCGAGCACGAUCGCACAUGCACUGUCUGCCUCACCGCUUGCUCUGGCUGCGUGGAUUGGCGAAAAGCUGCUCGAAUGGACCGACGAGAGCCCGCCUAUGGAUGAGAUUCUUGCCCUUCUCACGGCCUGGUGGACGACAGACACCUAUGCACGAUCAAUCUAUGCAUACCGACACUCAUUCGGCAAUCAGCCAAACACAAAACACUUUGAAAGGCAGUGCUACAUCCGCGUUCCCUUCGGCUACAGCUCCUUUCCGAAAGAGAUUUUGCCAUGUCCGAAGCGCUGGGUAGCAACCUCUGGCAAUCUGCUGUGGUAUCGUGAGCACACGAGGGGCGGCCAUUUCGCCGCCUGGGAGAGACCAGAGGCUUUCUCGGAGGAUCUCAGGGAUUGCUUCGCACAGCUUGCUAAGGCGGGCAACAUUUCCUUUGCCAACAGUAAACUAUGA